AUGGCAGUCGACUACAUCUUCGCCACCUCCAUCCUGCUGAACAUGGCCUCCAAAAUCAUCACUCCCAAAACCGAACUUACCUACCGCUCCAUCGAAGCCCUCCUCGCAGCCAACCGCUGCAAACCCCGUCAACGCAAAGCAGCCCCCACUGACCACGAAUGCAACAUCUGCUACGAUCUGGAAGCGCAGCAAGUUCGUAUACCAUGCUGCAACCGACUCUGCGGCCUCAUCUGUCUCGACAAGUGGCUCAAGGAGCAGGACUCGCACCACUGUCCUUACUGCCGACAGCAGCUACUCAAGCGGCCGACUUCUGCGGCACUGAGGGUCCGAGCGAGGGUGCAGGAGCUUGUUGAUAUGGUGCCCGCUGAAGAAUGGCAGGACUUUCGGCAGCAGCUCUCGUCGUUUGAGCUGUGGGUGCUGGAUUAUCGGGCGAGGGGGCUUGAUCCGCGGUUUAAUCUUUGGCUGCAUACGACUCCACGCAGUGCGAAGCAUUUGGUGCUGUACAUGUCUUCACCUCACGGCGAGGACAGGAGGCUGCUACUGCGGGUUUGGGAAGGCUCGGGGCUGGCGGGAUGUCAUCACGUUGGGCCGGUCUGGAGGGGCUUGCGGAAGGUGAGAGAGGCCGCUGUUAAGACGGCCGGUUUUGUGUUGGGAGCGUAUGGGUUUAAGAGAGAACGGACAUUUUCGCGAGGUGGCCAUGGGAAGACUUGA